AUGAGUGCCAGGGCGCCCAAGGAGCUGAGGCUGGCGCUGCCGCCGUGUCUCCUCAACCGGACCUUCGCUUCCCCCAACGCCAGCGGCAGCGGCAACGCGAGCGCCCGUGGGCCGGGCGCAGGCGGCGGUAGCGGCGGCACCUGCAUCACGCAGGUGGGACAGCAGCUUUUCCAGUCCUUCUCCUCCACGCUGGUGCUGAUUGUCCUGGUCACCCUCAUCUUCUGCCUCAUCGUGCUGUCCCUCUCCACUUUCCAUAUCCACAAGCGUAGGAUGAAGAAGAGGAAGAUGCAGAGGGCUCAGGAGGAAUAUGAGCGGGAUCACUGCGGCGGCAACCGCGGCGGGAGGGGGCUGCCCCAGCCCGAGGGAGGCCAGGCUUCCACCCAAGCAAAAGAAGCCCGGCUGGAGAGGCAGGCCCGGGACUCUGCCUUCUGCGCCCCAUCCAGCGCUUCUUCUUCGUCUCCUCCUGGCCUCCCGCGCCAGGCUCCCUGUGCUCCGCCUCCACCGCCGGCCCCCAGCCCGCAAGGAGCACACACAGCCUCCUCCUGUUUGGACCCAGUUGGCGAGGGCCUUUUGCAAACGGUGGUACUAUCCUGA